GGAUAGGAUUGGAUUUUUUUUUUUUUGCUCAUUUUAGAACAUGCGUCGUAAACAAAAAAAAGAACUACAUCAAACGGUGAGCCAUAAUUUUCGUUUUGUUCUCAUCAACAAAGCAAGAAAAAACGAAAAUCGAAAUUCAAAGAUUUGUAAAAUACAUUGUUUUGUGUUGAAAUUUCAUUGGUUCAUUGGAAAUUUAUUUUUUUUUUCGAAAAUUUUUAUUGACAAAAACCAUGUCACAAUCGGAUUCAACAAUAAAUUUUGGUGGCAAGACAUGGGAAUUAAGCCCAUAUGAAUUACAUCGACAACCACAAGAAGUUAUCACUGAUAAUACUGAAAUCGCUGUUAGUCCACGUAGUUUACAUUCUGAAUUAAUGUGUCCAAUUUGUUUGGACAUGUUGAAAUCAACAAUGACAACAAAAGAAUGUUUACAUCGUUUUUGUCAUGAUUGUAUUAUCACUGCAUUGCGUAGUGGUAAUAAAGAAUGUCCUACAUGUCGUAAAAAAUUAAUAUCAAAACGUUCAUUACGUGCUGAUCCAAAUUUCGAUAUGUUGAUUUCGAAAAUUUAUCCAAGCCGUGAAGAAUAUGAUGCCCAACAGGAAAGAGUUAUCAAUAGUGUCAACAAACAUUUUGUUCAAAAUAUUGAAGAAACAUUACGUAUGCAAGCAUUGAAUCGAACACGUGGAAAAAAAUCUCUUAAUAAUGAUGAUGAUUCCGUUGAAAAUCGACGUAUGAGAAAUGAUUCGAAUGGCUUUCCAAAUGAAAACAAUUCCGAUAAUCAUGAUGAUAAUGUUCAAGAAAUUGAAUUGAUCAUUAAACCAUUGCCACAAGUUGAACGAAGAGAUCCAUCAUUGAAUCAGACAAGAUUUUUGAAAACAACAACCACUGCAACUAUAAAUCAUAUUGCUAAAUAUUUAAAAAUGCGUUAUAAUUUUGAAUCAUCCGAAGAUGAUGAUGGUGCACGUAAUGAUAAUGAUCAUCAUCAUAACAAUACGAAUAAUGGAAUAAAAACUGGUGAUAAAUCAAUGGUCAAUACAAAAACCAAUGAUAGUGCUCAAUCAACAUCACAUUCAACAACAUCAUUAUCGUCAGCAUUUCCAUUUCACAUUGUAUAUAGCUGCUGGACCUGGCCAAUAUAAUCCAUUACAAGGAUCGGUUACAUUAUCACAAGUAGAUGAUCAAUAUUGGAAAGCAAAUAAACCAUUGGAAUUAUUCUAUGCAUAUAAAGUAAAUCCAACAUCAUAACAUUGUAAUACAUAGAAACAUUUAGCUUAUUUCUCUAACAAACUAGAAAACAAAUGAAAAUGAAAAAAUAUUUUUU